UGCUGGUGUAUGUAAAGUUCUGAAUUACAACCAACACAGAAGCCAGUGUCAAUGGACCUUCAUAGAGCGAGAAUCCUCAACCACAUGGAUUGUAACACUGAUGGUCGACAUUCUAAGGAUGGGAAAGUUAAAUCUUUCAAUGAAGAGCGGCUGGACAGUGGCCUCGACUCUCUCAAAGAUGAGGAAUAUAAAGUUGUCGCCUGUGAGCUCGAGCGUCUUCGUGUGGAUUGUCUCCCACCGCAGAGAGACGAAUGCGGCAAUGAACCGUGGAAGGAACACAUUUCAGAGGAUGGAGACACGCUUCUCCACCUUGCCAUUAUACAUGAAGCCAAGGACUGUGCAAGGAAGAUGAUAGAGCUGUCAUGCAAUGAGCCUUUCCUCAAUCAAUAUAACCACCAGAGACAGACUCCUCUCCACCUGGCUGUGAUCACAGAGCAGGCUGAGAUAGUGGAGCGUCUCCUGAAGGCUGGCUGUGACCCCACGCUAGUGGACGACAGUGGCAACACAGCCCUUCACAUCGCCUGCAGGAAGGGCUCUCUCACCUGCUUCAGUGUCCUCACCCAGACCCAGGGCUGCUCUACCCAGCUCCCAGCCAUUAUGGCCACGCCAAACUACAGUGGUCAGAACUGUUUGCAUCUGGUCUCUAUCCAUGGCUUCCUCUCACUAGUGGAGAGCCUUGUUGAUCUCGGAGCUGACAUCGAUGCACAGGAGCAGUGCAAUGGCCGCAGCCCUCUCCACCUGGCUGUUGACCUACAGAACCUGGACUUGGUGCUGCUCCUGGUCAGUAAAGGGGCGAAUGUCAACAGCCUGACCUAUGGCGGUCACACACCGUACCACUUGACCUACGGACGCCAGAACGCCUCCAUCGAAAGGGAACUGUAUGAGCUGACAGCUCAGGAGCUGAGAGAACUGCCAGACAGUGAGUCUGAGGACAGUGAGGAGGAGGAGGAAGGACAGUCUGAUGAUGAAGUGGUGACAUGUUGGUAUGAUGACGUUCAAUGGAAUGGGUGCCAUUAGAAAAUAGACCACAGAACCUCCAAAGAACAGUAGUACAGGCAGAGACAGAAGCUCAUCUGUGCACAGGCUUUAGCUUUGGUACAGUCGCAUGCCGAAGUGGUGCCAACCUCAGAGGUAGAGGAUGGCAGAAGACUGGUACAGCAGGGGUACAACAGACUGAGAAAGUGAUGAUGGACAGUGUGAAUCACUGAGAAGAUGCCAGAUAAACAAAAUGGAUGCCAAUAAAUAAGUCUUUAUGGCUCUGAAAGACUCAUUAUCACAGCAUACAUCCAACCAACGAUGUAAUAACACCUACAUGUAUUAUAUUGUAAAUGGAUGUGAAUACAAAGAUUUAUAUUUUUAAAUGUGUAAAGUUUGACUAUUGUAAAUGAUUUCCAUUGUUUGUGGAAAGGUAAAGCAAGCCACACACUCCAGUAAAUUAAAACAAUACAUAUUUAACAUUG